GCACGUGUCAAGCGAGGCUUCUUCGAGAGGGUUUUCUCCGCAAAGGCGCUGCAUUUUCAUUUUCCAAACCCUUUUUUACUAGUUUUAUUUUCAUCAAAAUCCUUCCUCAACGGCCCACCAGGAUCCAAAACCCUCUCAAAAUCUCAACCGUCCGAUCAUUUAUUCCCGCCAUCAUCCAACGGAUGAUCCCCACCCACCCUCAUGAUCCAUCUCUCUGAACCGUCCGAUUCCGCAACCCCCCCGAUGGCUCCCGCUCAGGCGUCUCACGUCGCCAUCCCCUGGCUUCCCGGUCCCUGAGAAUUCCCGAAUGUCAUCCAGCCGUUGAUUGCAUGGGCGAUCUCCAAUCUUGGCCGCCACAGCGGAACGGCGCCUGGAUCGAAGAAAGCACAUCACCAUUGCCAUCAUCGUCACCGUCGAAUCCCAAUCCGUCGUCAAUUAGGGGCGAUAGCUGGCGGAGAGCCGAGGAGACUGCCCACGAGAUAAUAUGCCGGAUCCAGCCGACGGUCGUGUCUGAGCAGAGAAGGAAGGCUGUCAUUGAUUACGUGCAGAGGUUGAUUAGAGGAUGUGUCGGCAGUGAGGUGUUCCCAUUUGGAUCAGUGCCACUGAGGACCUAUCUCCCUGAUGGAGAUAUUGAUCUGACUGCACUUAGCUAUCAAACUGCUGAUGAUGAUUUGGCCAGUGAUGUUUUUUCUGUACUUGAAGGAGAAGAGCAGAAUACGGCUGCGGAGUUCGAAGUAAAGGAUGUCCGAUACAUUCAUGCAGAGGUCAAGCUUGUCAAAUGCCUUGUUCAGAAUAUUGUAGUAGACAUCUCCUUCAAUCAGUUGGGAGGACUCUGCACUCUAUGCUUCCUUGAACAGGUUGAUCGUCUUAUUGGCAAAGAUCAUCUCUUUAAGCGCAGCAUUAUACUGAUUAAAGCUUGGUGUUAUUAUGAGAGCCGCAUCCUUGGUGCCCAUCACAGUCUGAUUUCAACAUAUGCAUUGGAGACAUUGGUCCUGUACAUCUUCCAUAUUUUCCAUUCAUCUCUACAUGGCCCUCUGGGGGUCCUGUAUAGGUUUUUGGACUAUUUCAGCAAAUUCGACUGGGAGAACUACUGUGUCAGUUUAAAUGGUCCAGUCGCUGUAUCUUCUCUGCCAGAAGUAGUGGUUGAGACACCAGAGAUCAAUGGGGGUGAUUUGUUGCUUACUGAGGAGUUCCUUAGAAAAUGUCUAGACAUGUUCUCAGUUCCGUUAAGAGGGCUCGAGAAAAACACUCAUUCAUUUCCUCGAAAGCAUCUUAACAUAGUUGAUCCUCUGAAAGAAAACAAUAAUCUCGGACGCAGUGUUAGCAAAGGUAAUUUCUAUCGGAUACGUAGUGCAUUCACUUAUGGAGCCCGCAAGCUUGGGCAGAUCCUUCUGUUACCAGGAGAGAGUAUUUUGGAAGAAGUCAAUAAGUUCUUCAUGAACACAUUGGAUAGGCAUGGAAGUGGACAGAGGCCAGAUGUGCAAGAUUCUCCCCCUUGUUCUCAAGAUAAUAUGCUGUCUGGUGUUAGUGGAUCUGGUUUUGCAUCAUUGCUGCACAAUGUUCAGAAAUCAAUGGAGGAUAAGAUGAUUUCAGGAUCCUCAUUCAUUGGUUCUCGUGUCCCAAUUGGGGAGACAGCUGAUGAUUGUAACAGAAUAUUAUACAGGGAGUUUGAUAACAUCAGGAUGUCAGGGUCUGCAAGGAUAAAUGGGAUUGGAACACGAUUGGAAAAGCAGCCCCCCUGCAGAAAUGAACCACAAACGCCAACAGGAGAUGCAACAGAUCUUGCAACUGCCCAAAAUUCAGGUUCAAGAAUCCCGAAUGGACAUUGUAAGCCCUCGUCCUCAAGUAGUGAGCUGUGUACUUCACCAUUCAUAGGAGCACACCAUGCACCACAUCUCCAUUUCUCUCGCCCGUUCAACUGGAAGUUCGGGAAUGGAACCCAUUACCAUCCAAAAUUGACAAACUCCACAAAUGGCGAAGUUGUUUCCUGGCCAGACUGGGAUGAAAGUAAGCGCGCAAGCAAUAGUACCUUCCAAUCUUGUAGUAAUUAUGAGAAUCCUGCUACUGCUAGAUCAACUGAUGGUUUCCCAUUUUCAACUUCGAAUGCAUGUCUGUCAGAAGAUUCGAAUCUUGGAAAUCCAUCUUUGACCGCGGGCAACUCUUCGAACUGCUUGGAAUCUAAUGGUCGGGGAAUCUCCAAUGUUGGUUUCAGGGAAGAGGACUUGAAGGGCGUUUCUGGAAGUCCUGAAUCUUCCAACCACUUGUCAGACCUCAGCGGUGACUACGACAAUCACCUUAGUAGUCUGCUAUAUGGUCAGCAGUGCCACAGUUACAUCUUGUGCGAUCCAGUUGUCUCUGUUCCUCCACCAUUGCCUUCUCAGCUUCAUAGUAAACCAUCACGGAAGUCACUCCAUCAAUCAGCACGCUUGAAACCAAACAUGUUACAGCACAUGAAUGGCAAUGGGGCUGGCCCUGGACAGCCAUUUCCUUCUGCUUCUGGAUAUUAUUUGGGGAACCUGCCCUUGACAUCUGGUGCUUUUGGUGUGGAAGAAAUGCCAAAGCCACGAGGAACGGGCAUGUACUUUCCCAUCACGAACCAUUCUUCAUACAGGCCAGGGAAAGGAAGGAAUGCAGUGCCACCAACCCACAGUCAGUUGCCAAGAGCCCAUUGUAAUGGCCAGGCAAUUACACCGCUGGACACGUCAAAGUUGCCAGAUAGAGGCGCUCAUGAGCCUUUGCAUUCUCGGGCUGUGCAAACCUCGAACUUUGGUGGGAAUGGCCAGGGGAAGCCUCCUGGUCGAUCAGAGUUCAUCCAUCCCAGCCGCCCAAGCACGAGAAGGUUCCCCCACGACAAUGGCUUUGCACUGUCACCAGUGGAGAGACUCGAGUUUGGAUCUUUUGGGCCUUUACAUUUGGGUGCUGCCACGCCGGAAGGAUGCAAGCAGACAGAUUCAGGUGCUGGACAACUUUCUCAGGACUCUGGAUCAAUGCUCCGAACGCUGGUGAUGCCAAGACCGGGGUUGAUUAUGAACCCAGAAAGGGCUCCAGAAUCAUUUCAUCUGAAGGAUGAAGACUUCCCUCCUUUAUCUCUCUGAGUGGAGUGGAAAGGGUGGUCAAAAUGUAUAGAGAUAAAAUGGAUGAGUAAACAAGAGAACAGUAACAAUGCUAACAAGGUCCUACCUUUGAAUCGAAUGGCCUCGAUUUGAAGCUGUAAAGGGCCUUUCUUUGGUUGUGGUGCUCAAGUUUUCUUUACAUUUUCCUGAUUCCUUUUUUUUUUUCUUUU